AUGGCCGGCACCGUCGCCAACUUCAUCACCACCUCGCUGCUCACACUAACCUGCGCGACCAUCCUCUUCAUCGCGUACCGCAUCGCGCUGCGGCCCAUCCUGCAGAGCAUCCCGCUGCAGACGCUGUUCGCGGGCCGCAGCGGCGGGCGCGUGAUGCUGCCGGACGAUGGCGCGGAGGCGGGCGCGCUGGAGGAGGGGUUUAGGGACGAUAGUGAUGAGGAGGGGGAGGGGGAUGUGAGGGUGGGGAGGUAG